AUUGUCCGCUUCUCGUUCGUCUCCGUGACUUAUGGUCUGCCACAUUGUUCUGUCAAUGCAUUGGAGGAGCCGAACGCCAACGUGCCACCCCACGUUAUUGUGUUGGGGCGUGUUCCAGAGAAAGUCCACAAGAGCUGUCUAUGCUUUCGAGUAUGCGACCAAUGCAAGUGCUCCUCGUCCGGCGGCUUGCUGUGAACACAAUUCCGGAUCCAUCCUCGGGGCGCCACUCGAAGACACUAGUCCGCACCUGCUACAAGCCCGAACCCGACAGGAACUCGAGAACUCGGUGAAAGAUGGCAUUUCAAUGGUCUCAAGUGGCGGCCCCGCUGUUGCUCUUGUUCGGAACACUGCUGUCUGGGCUGCUUCCCAUCUGGCUAGUCCAAGAGGCUCAGCAUGGCGAGGUGGGGCGACAAGGCGUUCGCGUUUCUCGUCUGCAUCGGAGGCGGCUGUACUGUUCGCCACGAGCUUCCUGCACCUUCUGCCCGAAGUCCGCGAAGGAUUCGAGAAGUUGACGACCGAGUUUCCCGUCACUGAAGGAGUCGUCUGCGUGGGCUUCCUCGCCGUCUACGCGCUAGAAGAGAUCGUCCACGCAUGCCUAGGUCACAGCCAUCAAACGUCCGACCACGGUCAUUCACACGCAGCCAUUGUGAUGAGCCGCAGUCACGAUGCGGAGCAACCUCCUCCGACGCAGGAGAACGGCGUGGAGAACAAGGAGAACUUUUCGGCGAAUGCGGUGGCCGAUGACGAACUCGGCCCACAGCGCAUCUCUCUCGGCAGCGUGCUGAUCGUGGUGGCCCUCUCGUUUCACUCCAUCUUCGAGGGCCUCUCGCUGGGCCUGCAGUCGACGGACCAGGCCACCUGGAUCAUGUUCCUCGCCAUCUCCAUCCACAAGUUCGUCAUCGCGUUCGUCGUGGGCUUCGACAUGACCGCGAGUCGCAUGAAGGCGCGAACCAUCCUCAUCUACAUUGCGAUCUUCUCGGUGAUGUCGCCGCUCGGCGCGCUCAUAGGAGCCGUGACCAAGAACAAACUCGAGGACUCGCCCGUGGUUGCCGGACUCAAUGGUGUCGCGACGGGCACUCUCUUGUACGUGACGUUCUUCGAGGUCCUACAGAGGGACAAGAACAGCCAGUUGAGUGGCUUGUUGCAGCUGCUGGCAGUACUGCUCGGAUUCUGUAUCAUGUUGACGCUAGUCCUUGUUUUACCUCACGAUUGAGUGAAAGAUUGUUUGCUCGCGCUCAUUCUCUUGUGAACGUUGUUUUAUAGACACGCAUGAAAUGAUUCUGCAGGUCAGGACCAGUUGUUGAAAAAGAUCUGUGUGAUAUUAAAUAACUACUGUCGAACAACUUAUAUAAUGUGAUACAACGUGCCAAUCGUGGUGCAGCUGAACUUAAAAGGGACUAAUGCACUCGCGCAUAAUAAAUGUUACGUGGACUACUUUGUGCGAGUCAUAUUGUGUCGCGUUUGUACUCUUUACAUUACGCGUAUAUUUAACAGUGGCUACAUCCUCGGAUGUUUUAAUCGAGCCUGAAUAAAAUGUCAAUUUGAAGCACUGUGAAUUAUAAAACGGAGCGUAAGUACUCAACGAAGCGAUGUUGCUGUACACUGCGUGCUCUAAAUUUAUCAUCAAAUUUGACUUCAAAUUCACAUUUUAACGCCGCUCCUUUGUGUGUUUCUCUUGUCAUCGCCAUUAUUGACCGUUUCUGUAUUUUGUACAAUAAAGACCACGUAUGUCAUCAC